AUGGGGGUGACUUCUAGGGAGAAGGCGGAGUUCGCUUUGUACAAAUUAAGGGAGGUUUCUCAAGUAUGGUACAGUCAAUUGGAAGAUUAUAGGUCGGUUGAGUCGGGUCUUAUAGAGAGGGAAGAGUUUAAAGAGGCUUUCUUAGAAAGUUACUUUCCCCGUGAGAGGAGGGAGUUUAAGAAGAGAGCCCCAAAUCAAGAUGGGAUUAGUGCUGCUAAGGGAAAGCUUGAUAGAGGUGGUGGUUCUCAAAUUGUUAAGACUACUUGUUCUACUUGUGGGAAGAAGCAUGUUGGGAAGUAUCCAUCUGGUACCGGUGUUUGUUGUGCUCUAAAGAGGAAUAACUUCUAUGUUCUUCAAGCUAAGGGAGCAAAUUCGAGUGAUGAAGCUGGCUUGACUGAAACAGACACAAAGGAUAAAUAUUCAAUGGAUUUUGGAGAUAAAAGUUGGAUGAAUCUCCGAAGAUCCACCAAUGAAUAUAUUCAUGGAGUUAAUGAUUUUCUUGAUAAAGCAUUUGAACGAGCUUCCCAAGGAAAUGAAAUAUUGUGUCCUUGUAAGAAGUGCUUUAAUCGUAAUUGGCAUUGCCGAAAUAUGGUAGAGGAUCAUUUGAUUUGCCAUGGAUUUGUUCAUGGAUACACCAAAUGGGUUUUUCAUGGUGAAGGAUUUUCCUCAAGAAAUACGCCACAUCCAACCGAUGAAGAAGAAACUUCUAACAUGCAUGACGACAUUGAUAGAUUACUUCAUAAUACUUUUAGAAAUAUUGUAGAUGAUCAGAGAGAUGAAGGAGUGAGAGAGGGGCCACAUGAAUAUGCAAAGAGAUUUUUUAAAUUAGUGGAGGAAGGGAAAGAAGAGUUGUAUCCAGGGUGUAAGAAUUUUUCUAAGUUGAGUUUUACCAUCCGGCUAUACUUGUUUAAAUGCAUUCACAAGUUGACUGAUGUGGCCUUUUCAGAUUUAUUGGACUUGAUAAGAGAGGCAUUUCCAUUUGCUCAGAUACCCGACUCGUUUUACAAGGCAAAAAAGGUCAUAAAAGAUUUGGGUCUUCAUUAUGAGAAAAUACAUGCUUGCACUAAUGAUUGCAUAUUAUUUUGGAAUGACAAUGCAAAGUUAGAUAAUUGCUCUGUGUGUGGAGCUUCAAGAUGGAAGAAUGCUCGGAAUGACUUAAAUAAUAAUGUUACGAAAAUCCCAGUGAAGGUUUUAAGGUACAUUCCUUUAAAGCCUAGACUUCAGAGGAUAUUCAUGUGUUCUGAAACAUCUGUAGCUAUGAGAUGGCAUGAUACUGAACGACUUAAAGAUGGAAAUUUAAGACAUCCUGCAGAUGGUGAAGCUUGGAAGGAUUUUGAUUCAUUGCAUCCUAACUUUGCUAAUGAUGCUCGUAAUGUUAGAUUGGGUCUUUCAAGUGAUGGUUUCAAUCCAUUCAGAACUAUGAGCAUUUCCCAUAGCACAUGGCCAGUUAUGUUGAUGAACUAUAAUUUAUCUCCAUGGACUUGCAUGAAGUCGGAGAAUAUUAUGUUAUCAACGAUUAUUCCAGGUCCAUCGUCUCCGGGAAAUGAUAUAGAUGUAUACUUGCAACCACUGAUUGCGGAGUUGAAGGAACUAUGGGAAGUGGGAGUUGAAACAUAUUAUGCUGUAACUAAUCAAACAUUUCUAAUGCAUGCAGCUUUAUUUUGGACAAUUAGUGAUUUUCCUGCUCUAGCAAUGCUUUCUGGAUGGAGCACCAAGGGGAUAUGGGCAUGCCCCACUUGUAACCAUAAUACUUGUUCCCAAUAUCUCAAACAUAGUCGCAAGAUGUGUUACUUGGGUCAUCGGACAGUGACUGUGGCAUCUGCUGGUUUUGGUAGUGACUUUGAAGGUUUCCAAUGUCAUUUUCUUGAAAAACUUCCUCUUCCUCCUCCUCUUCUUCUUCUGAUCCAUCUUCUUCAUCUGAUACUUGAAACUGAUGAUUCAUUGGAGGAUUCAGAUUGGAAGUAA